AUGUCUACUCCUACCGUUAAGCUUAACUCCGGCUAUGAAAUGCCCCUCGUGGGCUUCGGUCUGUGGAAGGUGAACAAUGACACCUGCGCGGACCAGGUCUACGAGGCCAUCAAGGCCGGCUACCGUCUCUUCGACGGCGCCUGCGACUAUGGCAACGAGCAAGAGGCCGGCCAGGGUGUCGCCCGUGCCAUCAAGGAGGGCAUCGUGAAGCGCGAGGACCUUUUCAUCGUCUCCAAGCUGUGGAACAGCUUCCACGACGGCGAGCGCGUGGCUCCUAUCUGCCGUAAGCAGCUGGCUGACUGGGGCGUUGAUUACUUCGACCUGUACAUUGUGCAUUUCCCCAUCUCAUUGAAGUAUGUCGACCCCAGCGUGCGCUACCCGCCCAGCUGGACCAACGCCGAGGACAAGCUUGAGUUGGGUAAGGCUUCCAUCCAAGAGACCUGGACCGCCAUGGAGAGUCUCGUGGAUCAGAAGCUGGCUCGCAGCAUCGGUGUCAGCAACUUCAGCGCUCAGCUGUUGAUGGAUCUCCUCCGUUACGCCCGUAUUCGUCCUGCAACUCUCCAGAUCGAGCACCACCCCUACCUCACCCAGACCCGCUUGGUGGACUAUGCCCAGCGCGAGGGUAUUGCCAUUACCGCUUACUCGUCCUUCGGACCUUUGAGUUUCCUGGAGUUGGACCUCAAGCAUGCACAGGACACUCCUCCUCUCUUUGAGCACAAUGUCAUCAAGGGUCUGGCUGAGAAGUACAACCGUACCCCGGCACAGAUUCUGCUUCGUUGGGCUACGCAGCGCAAGAUUGCUGUUAUUCCCAAGAGCAACAACCCUACUCGUCUGGCGCAGAACUUGCAGGUCACCGACUUCGACUUGGAGGCUAGUGAGCUUGAGUCUAUCAGUGCCCUGGACAAGGGUCUGCGCUUCAAUGACCCCAUUGCUUAUGGCCUCCCUAUCCCCAUCUUCUAA